UUAUUUUUUAUUUCCCCCAAGCCGCCCUACGCCCUUCCGCCUCCUCUCAUUUCUUUUUCCUUUUUUUUCCCCAAGCCGCCCCUACGCCUCCCAGAUGGGCUCUGCAGGCGAAGGCGGAGAAGUCGACGGCGUCACACCCGGCGGAGAAGGAGGCGGCGGAGCAGCACAAGCAGGAGAGGAUCGACGAAGCCGAGGCCACCAAGCGGGAGGCGGUGACGGAGCGCCACCACGACGCUGCCGCCGCUGCCGCCGCCGCCGCCGCCCGCGGUGGCGGUCAUGUUAUCGGGUGCCAGGCGUGGCGGAGUCGCAGCCGAUCGCCAUCGCGACGGGGAUGGUGCGGCCGUCGGCGGCGCACAACCCCCGCGUCGGCAGCGAACACCCGGAGCCCCGUGGUACCGGCAAAGGAUACACUUGAACUGAACUAAGGCGUCGGUUCCGGCUGGGGAGAGAAUAUAUAGGAAGAGCCAAAGGGAGAAGAGAAGGCCUACGCCGACACCUAAGCCGAUGCCGACGUCAGGACUCACCAGAAUGCUGGUCUUCCUCGGCGGAGCGCUCUCCGGCACGUUGGUCGAAGUGGCCCUCGCUGCCCAACAUGCUACAGAAGAGCCCCGCGGCGGCGGCGGCAACAGCACCGGCAACAACCACUUGGGGAAUGAGACGCCGCAGGGACUACCGUUGCUGCUGCGGCCUCCUCCCUCCGUCUACAGAGACCAGCAACGGGAGAAAGACUACGCCGAUGCCGACGUUGGGGCUUAUCAGAGCGCUGGCCUUCCUCGGCGUAGCGCUUAUUUCCAAGUUGGUCGGAGGGGCCCUCCCCGCUCGACAAGCUAUACCAAGAUCGACACCUGUGGAAGAGGCCCGCAACAGCACCAGGGUUGCAAAAGAAGGCAGAGGAGGCGAGGAAGAGGGAGGAUCAAGAAGAAGAAGAUAAUAAUGUGUUCGAGAAGAUCAGUCUUCUGUGACGCUUAAGUUGUAUUACCUUCAAAAUGGAAGUGCAAGACUUGGAUUCUGGAUUAGAGGGAGGGAAUUCUUGCUUCCUGUGGGGAUUGUUUUAAAGGUGAUGUGUAACGAACACUUCUAUCAGAGACAUUUGUUUCCUACCUUGGUGGUACUCUUGAUUUUUUGCUAUUAAUUAUAUCGAAUUUUCUGUUUGGCUUUCUCUACUGUUGUUUUGUCAAAACCAAUACUUAAGUGAUUUCUUUGGAAAUCUAAAUGUGUUUCUUUUAAAUGUGCAGUAUUUUGAAUCAUGCUUCAUUCUUUAAAUUACAUAAUUUGGCUCCACAUCUUUUAGAUUUUUAGACUACAUGUUUAUUUGCUCUGUAAAAUCAAUUAUCUUUGACUCUUUAGAUGGCGUAACUUGGCUUUAGAAGAAUUGAACUUUUCGAAAACAUGAUGUAUUAUAAAAGCAUUUUGUAGUGGUUCUGCUCAUGAUGUUAUUUGGUUAAUAUGAAGGUUGCAAGUAGCUUGGGUUCAUCUGACUCUAAAGAGCAUUUGUUGGCUUGAGUAGUAUCAUUGUUAAAUAGUUCUUUUGCACCUUAUCAAAAGUUGCUCUAACAAUGCAAUUUUUCGUUGCUAAGUUAUCAUCUCAUUUUAUUUCACUUUAUAUCUUUUCGAUUGUUGUGAUGAUGUUUUUUUUUUUCUUUUAUAAUUAAUUUUCAAAGUUGCUGCUUCACUUGAUCUUUUGCUACUAUUGUUUCAUCUAUUGUAUAUAUGAGUUGGAAACAGAUAUUACAAUUUUACUAUUAAUUCUAAUUUAUUUUUUUCUUCUUAUGUAUACCAAAUACUUUUAAUUACCUUCAAUUUAUUUACAUACAAUUUUUGACGAAAUCAGGUUUUCUUUAGUCCACGUGGAGGUAUUUCCUUAAUUUGGGCAGGUAUACUUUUUGAUUAAAUUCCAUUUUCUUUUGUCGACAUAUCAGUAUUUUCUUAUAUUUGAGCUUUUGUACGAAAUACCUGUCAGUUUAACUAUUUUGCUUAAUUAUAGGUUUGUAUAGGAUUUGUGUCAGCACUAUGUGUCAGCUUAACUUAUCUAUCAGCUUAACUCAUAUUUUACAAAGUAAAUUAACUAGGAUGGCAAUUGCGAAAUAAUUGCAACCAGUGUGUUCUGUAUAUUAUUUUUUUCGAUUGUUGUGAUGGUGUUUUUUUGCUAUUCCUGUUUAAAAUUAUUUACUAUAAGUUCUGCAAUUUAUAUAUUCUAAUUAAUUUUGUAAGUUGCUGCUUCACUUGAUUUUUGUACUACUGCAAUCGUAUAUUUUUGGGACAGCCGGUUAGUAACAUUUCUUAACCAACUUUUCCUAUUAGUCUUAUUUCAUUCUUUUUUUAAUUCUUUAUUGACUAUUGUCUUUUCUUUCAUCUAACUCUUGCACUCUUUCCUCGACUUCUACAGCUCUUAAUUUUGUUGUAUCUAUGGUCAUUCCUGCUGCUGGUGCAUUAACUGCUUAUACUUUUAUUUGUUUGUUAUUUAAAAUUUUAUAGUUCUUUUAUGUAUUUACUAUUUCGUCUUUCUUUAGCUUUUUUUUAUAAGAUCUCAAAUAUUUCUUCAGUUUAACUACGCAUCAAAUUUUAUUCUUUUAUGUUUUAU